AUGACUUUUAUUCAGUUUAGUAUAUUGUUGGUUAGUUUGGUUAUUUCCAUUAUAUUUUACUUUAAACAUGCGUAUUCAUAUUGGAAGAAAAAAAGAAUACCGUAUUUGGAACCAUCUUUUCCCCAUGGAAACCUUGACUGCCUUUUGCCAAGGGGAGUAUCUAUAGGCAUGCAGAGUAAGAAAUUCUACGAUGAAUUAAAAAAGCGCAACCUUAAAUAUGGAGGGGUGUAUGCAAUUGCUCAACCAAUGCUUGUGGUUAACGAUAUAGACAUAAUCAAGGAUAUGUUUAUAAAAGACUUCAAUCAUUUUAUGGAUAGAGGACUUUAUCAUAACGAAAGUGCCGAUACUCUAUCAUCCAAUUUGUUCACCCAGGAUGGUCAAAAAUGGAAAACAUUGAGAACGAAAUUUACACCGGCAUUCACGUCCGGAAAAAUAAAAUCUAUGUUUGAUGGUGUGAGUUUAUGCGCUAAAAAUAUGCUUGAUUUUCUUAAAAAUCACGAAGAUAAAAAUGAAGUGAAUAUCAAACAUCUUUCGCAAGGAUUUACAAUCGAUGUAAUUGGUAAUACUGUUUUUGGUAUUACGUGCAAUUGCUUUCAAAGUCCAGAUACAAUGUUCAGAAAAAUGGCGAAAAGGGUGUUUGAAGUUGACUUUCUUUUGGCUAUAAAUAUGUGUUUGGCGAUAUACUAUCCAGGUUUGGCGAAAAAAUUGGGAGUUCGUAUGUCCAACAAAGACGUGUCAGAUUUUUUUCAUAAAAUUGUAAAGGAUAAUAUGAGCUACAGAGAAUCUAACAGCAUUACACGUCCAGAUUUUUUUCAAUCGUUGAUUGAUCUUAAAAAUCUUGAUAAUAAAGAUGAUGGCAUUAGUAUUGAAGAAGUCGUGUCUCAGUCGUUUAUGUUUUUUGUUGCUGGUUUCGAGACCUCCUCAACGACCAUUAUGUUUUGUUUGUACGAAUUAGCGAAGAAUCAGGAAAUACAAGAGAGGGUCAGAAAGGAAAUCAAAAAGGUAAUGAAACAAAAUAAUGAAGAAAUCACGUCCGAUGGUAUCAAAGAUAUGAAGUAUUUGGAACAAGUUCUAGAUGAAACUCUUAGGAUGUAUCCUCCAAAUGUAACUCUAACUCGAAAAUGUACGAAAAAUUAUAAAAUUAAAAACACUGAAGACAUUACAGAGGAAGGCACUAUAGUUCUUGUACCAGUAUUUGGUAUACAUAGGGAUUCAGAUAUUUGGGAUAAUCCUGAAGAGUUUAACCCUGAAAGAUUUAAUGAAAACAACAAAAAACAUAUACACCCAUUUGCACAUUUGCCGUUUGGAGGGGGGCCCAGAAACUGCAUAGGUAUGUAUUUUAUUAUAUGGGUAAUUCUACAAAAGUUGGGCAACUUUUAA